AUGGAGGUGGGUCCCUCUGACCCACUCCGAACCACAACCGCGGAGAGGGCGGGCUUGCGGCGGAAACUAGAUCUGCACGCCCGCUUUGAGCAGAUUGCUGCAGAAAACAGCCGGCUUCGGGUCGAGAAUGGACAGCUGCGUGUCGACAUGGCCGAGAUGCGCACGAUGGUUGCCGACCUCAUCGAGCGGCAACGCAGCUCGGCUCCUGUCCCUCCUCUGCCCGAAGCCGAAGACCCCAAUGAGGUCGAGGAGCUAAGGCGGCGGCUCGUCAUGCUGAAGGCGAGGAGCUCCACAGUGGAGCGCGCGAGACCGCCCCUCGCCCAUGAGCUGAAGAACGGUCCCCCUGUAUCGGCGCCUCGUAGGAUUGCAAGGGCCGUGAACACGUAUGGCGGACCGAAAUUAUGCGUGACACCCGCGACACGUCCUGCCGCUGCUGUCCCAGCAAGGCAGCUCCAGACAACGGGGGCACCAAAACCCUCGCCCUCAAGGCCUACCAGCCAGUCUAAGACCCAGGAGGCGGCUCCUGUCCCGUCCCAGCCUGCGAAGGCGGGGCCCGGCAGGAGCCGUAACAAAAAGAAAGGGGGCGUCAACUCCGCCAAAUCGGCACCAACCCCCCAGCCCCGCCCACUGCCCCCAGCCCCGGCAAAUAUGAACGAGGCCUGGACGGAGGUAGUGCGGCGCAUGCCCAAGAAGGUGGCGGCACCUGCUGCGCCGCGCCCCAAGCCUACCCCUGCGGCCACUGCUCCCCGUCAAGAGGGAUUAACCAGUUACGGUGUUUGCUUACUGUACUUCUACACUGGCGACGAGAAAAUAUAA